AUGGCGCGGUCGAAGGGAUCCGACACGCCACUGUUGAAGAAGGGGAGGUGGCAGAGUCACUACGUGAACGGUCUUCCCUUCACCAUCGCGCUCGCAACCUUCGCGCUCGUUGCCGUUGGGGGUGUGAUCAUGCUGUCGGCCAUGCUGGUGUCGGGAUCGGCAAAGGAGGCGCAGGAGCUCCUUCCUGCAGCUCCUCCUUCUCUGCAUAGCAAUGUAUACGGGGCGAAGCACGAAGGUGUGGGAUUUGCGAAUUACGUGGUUGGAAAUGCUGUCUCUAGCUUCUGGAAGAAGGAGAUGGGAAAGUCUGGACCUAAGAAGAUGAGCGAUCCUUUCGCUUCCUUCCUGCUUCCAAACAAGCAGAAGAAGUCGCGUGGAUCAGCCAGUACGCCGGAGGAAGAGGCAGACGACGCACAGCAGGUCGACGAAGACCAUCAGAGGAUCGGUAGGGCUCGCGCUACCAAGGAAGCCAUCCGGCAUGCCAAGGACGUGGCCGAGUAUCACAAGCGCCAGGGAUCUGCAGCGUAUGCUGUUGCCUAUAGGUGCUGUGCACGGGGACCAAGAGGUGUGAGCUUGUUCGGGCAUGUGCAGCUGUGCAAGCACAAGAAGUCAGGCGUGUUCGUCGCUGUGAAGUGCAUGGCGAAGUCGGAGGUCGUGCGGCUGAAGCAGGUCAGGAGCGUUCUCAUGGAAAGAGAGUUAGUCCAGCAUUUCAACCAUCCCUGCAUCGCUCGAUCCGCGGGCUCCUUUCAGGACGCUACCAUGCUGUACCUGGUCGUCGAGCUCUGCCCGGCUGGGGACUUGUACAACUUGAUGCUGAGACAACCAUCCAAGUGA